AUUCAUGAUUUAUUUUACAAAAAAGAUAAAGAAAGAUUAAAAACACCUGGCUUUUGUUGUUCAUAGUUAAGCUGUUGGUUUUAAGUAGUAUCAAGAAAAGGCGCCAAAUUUAAUUUAUCAUUUCAGCUUGCCAAAAUGUCAAAGAAAAGAGGAUUGAGUGUAGAAGAGAAGAGAACAAGAAUGAUGGAGUUCUUUUUUGAAAAGAAGGACGUGUUUCUGUUGAAAGAAUUAGAGAAGCAAUGUCAGAAAGAGAAAGGUAUAACAUCAAUGUCUGUCAAGGAGAUAGUGACAAGCCUGGUAGAUGAUGGAAUGGUCGACAACGAUAAAAUAGGAACAUCCGUCUACUUUUGGGCAUUUCCUAGUAAAGCUAGUCAGAAUCGGAAAAGAAAAUUACUGGAUUUAGAAAAUAGAAUUGAAGAACUAGACUCAAAAAAGCAAACACUAACAGAAGCCAUAGAAAAAGCUAAAAUGGGAAAAGAGGAAUCUGAUUCCAGAACAGAACUGUUAACUGCCUUAAUAGAGAAAAGAACAGAAAAAUCUCAUCUUAUGUCAGAAAUAGAAAAAUACAAAGAAUGUGACCCAGAGGUGGUAGAGGGGGUCAAGAAACAAGCAGAGAUAUCAAAAGACGCUGCUAACAGAUGGACAGACAACAUUUUUUCAGUUAAAUCAUGGAUCAAGAACAAGUUUAGUUUUGAAGAAAGUGUGAUAGAUAAACAGUUUGGUAUUCCAGCAGAUUUUGACUAUAUUGAGUGAGGAAAGUGUAUUUAUCAAACACUUUGGUAUUCCAAAAGAUUGUGACUACUGAUAUAUUAUGUGAAAGUAGAAAAAAACACCAUCUGGUGUUAAGUUUGAUGAGAAAUGAGAGAUGUGUACAAUAUAAUUAAAAUUAAAU